UGGUGGGGUGCUGUGGGGUUUGGACCAUGGAGGGGGACACCCAGCAAGCAGGAGCUGGUCUCCAGGGCACCAUGGAGGGACGGUCCUGAGCAUCGCACUGCCCAGCCACCAAGACCUGAGCAUCAGUCCCCAGAAGACAGCUGCCCCCACUUGGGGCCAUGUGACUGCCACCACACUGCCCUCAGAGCCUUCUCCCUGGCUCUGCCCCAGGGCCAAGGGCCACUUGUCACAGCCCGAGAGGCUCUGAGGCUCUGGCACUCCACGUGGACGAUGGCCCGCCUGUCCCUCCAGCAGUCUCCCAGGGCAUGACCCCACUGUGGCUGAAGUGCUGUUUCCAGAGGACACCAGCUGAGUCUCACACACCUCCCAGCAGGUGGCUCCCACCUUAGACACUUCACACACUGACCACCUCGCACACUCACAAGCUGAGGGGAGUCCAGGUUGCUAUCAGCUGCCCGUAAAUUAGGGGUGCUCUCCUGGACCGUCCAGGGACCCAAUGUAACCAUAGGCCCUUGUAAACGGGAGAGAGGAGGCAGAAGCGACAGGGCCCAGGGCUGAGGGAGCGGAAGUGGCCAGGACACAGCCUCACACCCUGGGCCUCGGAUGGAGCCACCCUGAGACACUGGGAAGCCAGCACCCAAGCCUGGGGGCCCAUUUAGACCCUGGCUGCUCUCAGGUCCCAGGAUUGGACAAUCAUCACAGCAGCCACCGGGCUGUGGGUCAGGGAGACCAGUGCCUGGUGUCCUCUGACUCAUGAGUCCUGGCCCAGAUGACCCCAAGGGAUCACCCAGGUGUGCAUCGUGCAGAAGCGGGACACGGAGAAGAUGUACGCCAUGAAGUACAUGAACAAGCAGCAGUGCAUUGAGCGUGAUGAGGUCCGAAACGUGUUCCGGGAGCUGGAGAUCCUUCAGGAGAUUGAGCACACCUUCCUGGUCAACCUCUGGUACUCCUUCCAGGACGAGGAGGACAUGUUCAUGGUGGUGGAUCUGCUGCCGGGCGGGGACCUGCGCCACCACCUGCAGCAGAAGGUCCAGUUCUCCGAGGCCACAGUGCGGCUCUACGUCUGUGAGCUGGCCCUGGCCCUGGACUAUCUGUGCAGCCAGCACAUCAUCCACAGAGAUGUCAAACCUGACAAUAUUCUCCUGGAUGAGCAAGGACAUGCACAUCUGACAGACUUCAACAUCGCCACCAUCAUCAAGGAUGGGGAGAGGGCAACGGCACUGGCUGGCACCAAGCCCUACAUGGCUCCCGAGAUCUUCCAGUCCUUCGUCAGCGGUGGGACUGGCUACUCCUUCGAGGUGGACUGGUGGUCAGUGGGGGUGAUGGCAUAUGAGCUGCUUCGAGGAUGGAGGCCUUACGACAUCCACUCGAGCAACGCCGUGGAGGCCCUGGUGCAGCUCUUCAGCACAGUGAGCGUCCAGUACGCGCCGACCUGGUCCAGGGACACGGUGGCCCUGCUGAGGAAGCUGCUGACCGUGAACCCUGAGCACCGUAUCUCCAGCCUGCGGGACAUGCAGGCAGCCCCCGCGCUGGCCUGCGUGCCCUGGGAGGACCUGAGUCAGAAGAAGGUGGAACCUGGCUUUGUGCCUAAUAAAGGCCGCCUGCACUGCGACCCUACCUUUGAGCUGGAGGAGAUGAUCCUGGAGUCGAGGCCCCUGCACAAGAAGAAGAAGCGCCUGGCCAAGAACAAGUCCCGGGACAACAGCAGGGACAGCUCCCAGUCUGAGAAUGAGUACCUGCAGGACUGCCUGGACGCCAUCCAGCAGGACUUUGUGAUCUUCAACCGGGAAAAGCUGAAGAGGAGCCGGGACCCUAUGGCUGAACCCCGCGAGGAGCAGGAGCCCCGGGAGGAUGGCGAGGCAGCAGGGUCCACCCUGCCCAUGUGCGGUCCCCUCUGCCCCUCAGCGGGGAGCAGCUAGGUGCCUGGCAGGGGUGGACUCUUGGGACAGAGCCUCUGUGGCCACCAGGACAGGGUGGUGGGAGAGCAGGCCGAAGGGGCCACAAGCACCAUCACGCCUCUGAAGCGGCUGCCUGGCUCUUGAGCCUGGGACCUUCUCAGGACAGCGGCCAGAGGGGCAGGUGCUGCUGGUGAAGGGGCCGAGCCCAGGGCAGGUGCCACCUGGACCACUGCCCAGGCCUCUUCGGGGGGCUGCAGUGGGUGACCGGACUGUCAGAGCACCGAGCCCAAGCACCGGGCGGCCCAAGCUGUGGGCCUGGUCCCGGUGGGUUCAUCAGGGGUGGGGGUGGGAGGAAGAGAAUGUUUUAUAGCGACACCCCCCCACUCCCCGCAGCUUCUGCUGUCCCUGUGGUUUUCACUUCAGAAUUACACAACUGUCCAGUGUUCUGCAA